GCUUAGCAGAGCUUUGUUGUGAGCAUAGCAGAGGCCCUCGGAAAGUGAGAUAGAAUCACUGAUAUUAAUUAAUGAUUGAGCCGCUGCUACUCCUCAGCCGAAUGGAAUUUUGUUUGGUACAGCACCUGGAGGUGUAUUUGCUUUAAACAGCCCUUGAGUUCAAUCUCUUGCCCUCUAGUCUAGUGGAAUUUUAUUGGGAGCCAGUCGUAAUGAUCCUGUGCUGUGUAAUGUUUCAGGGGACCUGACUGCCAAACAGUGAGGUGUUCGGUUUAUCUUAUUGAUUCUGCCUUCAAGGGUAUGCUGGAGGGUUGGUUUACAAAUCCUGCUAUUGCUGGAGUUGCUGCCUUGGCAACCAGGAAAUACUCCUAGCAUAGCCACAGUCUCUCAGUUUAGACAAUACACACAACACAAGGCAAGCCAAGGACUCUGCUUAAGCAGCAGCAGCAUAACAAGCCAAUUAUAUUAAUUUUGUAUUCUUUUUGAUUUUUAAUAUUCCUUUUUAAAAAAUGACUUCUCACGGGACGGUGCUCCCGCUAACGAAGAACGUGGUGGUCUACAAAAACGGGGACCCCUUUUUCAACGGGAGGAAGUUUGUGGUGAACCAGAAGCAGUUUGUGACGUACGAAUCCUUUCUGAAUGAGGUGACGGACAACAUCCAGGCCCCCGCGGCCGUGAGGAACCUGUACACCCCUCGAGAGGGCCACAGAGUCCACGACCUGAGCGAGCUGCAGAGCGGCUCUCAGUACGUGGCAGCUGGGUUUGAACGCUUCAAGAAGCUUGACUACCUGAAUCCAGGGAGUAAAAAGCCAGCUGUGAUCAAAAAGAGAGAUGGAUUACAGAUGAGGCCCGUGUACAGAGCGAACGUCUCUGCGAAAUGGAGGAAGCACAUCCAUAUGCCAUCUGUAAUCCACGUGUUUCGAAACGGGGACCUGCUCUGCCCCCCUUUCCGAUUAAUCAUCCCCAAGAACAUGCGCCAGGACUGGGAGAAAAUCCUCAUCGAGGUCACGGAGAAAGCAAACCUCAGGACUGGGGCUGUUCGCAGGCUGUGCACAGUAGAUGGGGUGACGGUCUCCAGCGAGGAGGAGCUGGUGAGUGGACAGUACUAUGUUGCCGUGGGGACAGAAAAAUUCAAGAAGCUGCCCUACGUUGAACUCCUUGUUCCUAAAGCACCAGCACACAACGGUCUCAGAAACCACCCAGGAAACAGACGCAUUACAAAAGGAAACGAGUAUAGGAAAACUACCAGUGUUCCACAAGAUGGAGUGAGCGAUUCUGCUCUCCUGCGUUCCCCAGAGGAGUCUGACAGCCGGCGAGUGAAGUCGACAGGAGCGGCAGGUGAAGACACCAGCCCCGUCUCUCCCCGAGCCGGGAGGAGGAAACCACAGAAAAACACCGGGGAGGAAGAGCAAUCCCUCUUCUACGCCAAGCCAGUCCGGGUCCGACACUCCAGGAAGAACUCCAAAACCACUCCGCAGGAGACGCAAGAGGAAGACUCAGGGGUGUUUAAAGUGAACCGGGAGAGACGGGAGGUGCAACGAGCUCCCGAAGUGCCUGAAGAUGAGAACAUCAGAGUGGAACUCCCAGUGGAUCAGAGAGUUGCAGAUACUGUUGAAGAUGAAACGAUAGCAGCGUACGAUCAUGGAGAAGAUGAGAGAGAAGCAAAGAUUCCUGAUGAUGAAGCAGUUCCACUGAACCAUACAGAUCGGGUAGAAGACGGGGAACUCCCAUAUCGCGAAACAAAAAGAAGCCCUAGACCUGAGAAUGGUAGAUUACGUGACUACCACAGUGUGGAGCGGAAUGGAAGGACAAGCCACGCCUCCUCUCACAGGCUGCAAGAGUAAAUGAUCGUUGAGAACUGGAACACCGAGAGGAAUGAUUCUCAGAACAAAUUUAUACUUAAAUAUUGUGCCACGUCUACAACACAAUUGGGUCUAUUCAAUUGCUCUAAACAAAUAAUAAUAAAUUAGGCAAAACAGCAGUUUUUUGAUCUGCCACUCUUUUAGCACAAUUGAAAAGACCACUGUGUGCCUACCAUGUUACCAUGCCUGCUCCCUGCUAUAUGAAUGCAUGUCCACGUUUACAGUAUUUUAAAUACAAAAAUGUACCUAUAUUGUUUACUGUAUUCAUAUAUCCUCAACAGACCUAAUUAUUAUUUUUUAAAUAUAUAAUUAUAUUUAUAGAACAUACCCAUGAACCAAAAGGGAAUGUCCUUUAAACAGAAAGAAAUGAUAUGUAGGCAAAAAUAUUCAUAAAACUUGCAUUUGAUAAUACCAAAUACUAACACCAGAAUGCCACACUCGUCCUGUAGGUGCAUCUCUGGUCUGGAGCAGCAUAAAUGUGUCAGUCUGUUGUCUUAAGACUUAAAUAUAGUGAUGAAUAUUACUGUAUAUGGAGAAUACUAGGUUAGUUUAAUAUAAUGUAAGAACAUGAUUAGUUGUAAUGUAUUUGAUUUACUUUUAUUAGUAAAAAUUCACCAAUGUACAAAAUAUUUUUAAACCUUUAUAAUCCUCUUAAGUCAGUGUUUCUGGGUGAUAUUAAUAUAUAUUUUGAUAUUAUCAUUAUCAGUAAUGAUAAUGUAAUGCAUAAUUUGAAAAUAUCUGAAUCAAACUGUAAAAAAAAAUUGUUUUAUUUUAGAAAUACAUAUUUAUAUGGCAUACAUAACUUUCAAUAUUUACAGAUUUUUUUUGCAAGAGACAAACAGUUUACUAUCUGGAAUUGUAUGUUAAACAGUGCUUACAAAUUACUUUAAUAAGUCUAUUUGGUUUCAAUAAAAAUCUAACUUUAUAUAAA